UGCUGGGGGCCGGCGACGGUGCUGGCCACGGCCGCGGGCGACGGGGACCCCACCAAGGAGCUGGAGUGCAAGCUCAAAAGCAUCACCGUAUCGGCACUGCCCUUCCUGCGCGAGAACGACCUGAGCAUCAUGCACAGCCCCUCGGCCUCGGAGCCCAAGCUCCUCUUCUCUGUGCGCAACGACUUCCCGGGAGAAAUGGUCGUGGUGGACGAUCUAGAGAACACCGAGCUGCCCUACUUCGUGCUGGAGAUCUCAGGAAACACAGAGGACAUCCCUCUGGUGCGUUGGAGGCAGCAAUGGCUGGAAAAUGGCACUUUGCUUUUUCACAUCCAUCACCAAGAUGGUGCCCCAAGUCUCCCUGGACAAGACCCAACCGAAGAACCCCAGCAUGAGUCAGCAGAAGAGGAGCUGAGGAUACUCCACAUCUCUGUCAUGGGAGGCAUGAUCGCUCUGCUGCUGUCCAUCCUGUGCUUGGUGAUGAUCUUGUACACUCGCCGGCGCUGGUGCAAACGCCGCCGUGUGCCUCAGCCCCAGAAGAGUGCCAGUGCCGAGGCAGCCAAUGAGAUUCACUACAUUCCAUCCGUGCUGAUCGGCGGGCAUGGGCGUGAGAGUCUGCGCAACGCCCGUGUGCAGGGCCACAACUCCAGUGGCACCCUGAGCAUCCGGGAAACACCCAUCCUGGAUGGCUAUGAGUAUGACAUCACUGACCUACGCCACCACCUGCAAAGGGAGUGCAUGAAUGGAGGGGAGGACUUUGCCAGUCAGGUCACUCGCACCCUCGACUCCCUGCAGGGCUGCAACGAGAAGACUGGGAUGGACCUCACUCCAGGAAGUGACAAUGCCAAGCUCUCGCUGAUGAACAAGUAUAAAGAUAACAUCAUUGCCACCAGCCCUGUGGACUCCAACCACCAGCAGGCCACGCUGCUCUCUCACACCUCCAGUAGCCAGAGAAAGCGCAUCAACAACAAAGCAAGAGCUGGUUCGGCCUUCCUGAAUCCUGAAGGGGACUCUGGCACAGAAGCAGAAAAUGACCCCCAGCUGACCUUUUACACCGAUCCCUCACGGAGCCGGAGGCGCAGUCGAGUGGGUUCUCCCCGAAGUCCUGUAAACAAGACCACCUUGACCCUGAUCAGCAUCACCAGCUGUGUGCUUGGCCUCGUCUGCUCUUCCCACGUCAGCUGCCCUCUCGUGGUCAAAAUCACCCUGCAUGUACCAGAGCACCUGAUUGCAGAUGGGAGUCGCUUCAUCUUGCUGGAGGGGAGCCAACUUGAUGCCAGUGACUGGCUGAACCCUGCCCAGGUGGUUCUCUUCUCUCAGCAGAACUCCAGCGGGCCCUGGGCCAUGGACCUCUGUGCCCGGCGGCUCCUAGACCCUUGUGAACACCAAUGUGACCCCGAAACUGGUAGGCGGGAGCAUCGGGCAGCGGGAGAAUGCCUCUGCUAUGAAGGUUACAUGAAGGAUCCAGUACACAAACACCUGUGCAUUCGGAAUGAAUGGGGGACGAACCAAGGGCCUUGGCCUUACACGAUAUUUCAGCGAGGCUUUGACCUGGUUUUGGGAGAGCAGCCCUCUGAUAAAAUAUUCAGGUUCACCUACACCCUUGGCGAGGGCAUGUGGUUGCCCCUCAGCAAGAGCUUUGUGAUUCCACCCGCUGAACUGGCCAUCAAUCCAUCUGCAAAGUGUAAGACGGACAUGACAGUGAUGGAGGAUGCUGUGGAGGUCAGGGAGGAGCUGAUGACUUCAUCCUCCUUCGACAGCCUGGAGGUCCUCUUAGACUCUUUUGGGCCAGUGCGUGAUUGCAGCAAGGACAAUGGUGGCUGCAGUAAGAAUUUCCGCUGCAUUUCAGAUCGCAAGUUGGACUCCACUGGUUGUGUGUGUCCAUCCGGCCUCAGCCCAAUGAAAGACAGCUCUGGCUGCUAUGACCGCCACAUCGGGGUGGACUGCUCUGACGGCUUCAACGGCGGCUGUGAGCAGCUGUGUCUCCAGCAGAUGGCGCCCUUCCCGGACGACCCUGCCUUGUACAACAUCCUCAUGUUCUGCGGAUGCAUUGAAGACUACAAGCUUGGUGUGGAUGGACGCUCUUGCCAACUCAUCACAGAGACCUGUCCAGAGGGAAGUGACUGUGGGGAAAGCAGGGAGCUGCCCAUGAACCAGACCCUCUUUGGGGAGAUGUUCUUUGGUUAUAACAACCAAUCCAAGGAAGUGGCUGCUGGACAGGUGCUGAAAGGGACAUUCAGGCAAAACAACUUCGCUCGUGGCUUAGACCAACAGUUGCCAGAUGGUCUGGUGGUGGCCACUGUUCCCCUGGAGAAUCAGUGCCUAGAGGAAAUCUCGGAGCCCACCCCUGACCCUGACUUCCUGACUGGGAUGGUGAACUUCAGUGAGGUGUCUGGGUACCCCGUGCUGCAGCACUGGAAGGUGCGAUCUGUUAUGUACCACAUCAAACUCAACCAAGUGGCCGUCUCUCAGGCCCUCAGCAAUGCCCUCCACUCCCUGGAUGGGGCUACAUCUCGUGCAGAUUUUGUGGCCUUGUUGGACCAGUUUGGCAACCAUUACAUUCAGGAAGCGAUUUAUGGCUUUGAGGAGUCCUGUUCUAUCUGGUACCCAAAUAAGCAGGUCCAGCGGCGACUCUGGCUGGAAUACGAGGACAUCAGCAAAGGCAACUCCCCAUCCGAUGAGUCAGAGGAGCGGGAAAGAGACCCCAAGGUGUUGACGUUCCCAGAGUACAUCGCCAGCCUGUCAGACUCUGGCACCAAGCGCAUGGCGGCUGGAGUCCGCAUGGAGUGCCAGAGCAAGGGACGAUGCCCCUCUUCCUGCCCUUUGUGUCAUGUGACAUCCAGCCCUGAGACCCCUGCUGAGCCGGUUCUGCUGGAGGUGACCAGAGCAGCUCCCAUCUAUGAACUGGUAGCCAACAACCAGACCCAAAGGCUCUUACAAGAGGCCACCAUGAGCUCUCUCUGGUGCUCAGGGACUGGAGAUGUCAUUGAAGACUGGUGUCGAUGUGAUUCCACUGCUUUUGGAGCUGAUGGACUCCCUACCUGCGCACCUCUCCCACAGCCUAUACUGAGACUCUCCAUGGUUCAUGAACCCAGCAGCACCCUCCUAGUUCUGGAAUGGGAGCACUCAGAGCCACCCAUUGGGGUACAAGUUGUAGAUUACCUCAUCCGUCAAGAGAAAGUCACAGACAGGAUGGACCACUCCAAAGUAGAGACAGAAACGGUGCUGAGCUUUGUGGACGAUAUCAUCUCUGGAGCCAAGUCUCCUUGUGCUAUGCCAUCUCAGGUGCCAGACAAGCAGCUCACCACCAUCUCACUCAUUAUUCGAUGCCUGGAACCUGACACCAUUUACAUGUUUACCCUGUGGGGCGUGGACAACACAGGACGACGCUCCAGGCCGAGUGACGUAAUCGUGAAGACCCCUUGCCCCGUGGUGGAUGAUGUCAAAGCCCAAGAAAUAGCAGACAAGAUCUACAAUCUCUUCAAUGGCUAUACCAGUGGGAAGGAGCAACAGACAGCCUACAACACCCUUCUGGAUCUGGGUUCCCCCACCUUACAUCGAGUCCUCUACCACUAUAACCAACACUAUGAGAGUUUCGGAGAAUUCACCUGGCGGUGUGAGGAUGAGUUAGGCCCGAGAAAAGCAGGCCUCAUCCUUUCCCAGCUUGGGGAUCUGAGUAGCUGGUGCAAUGGCCUCCUUCAGGAACCGAAGAUAAGCUUGCGGCGCAGCUCACUAAAGUACCUGGCCUGUCGCUACAGCGAGAUCAAGCCCUACGGACUGGACUGGUCAGAGCUCAGCCGGGAUCUCAGGAAGACGUGUGAGGAGCAGACGCUGAGUGUCCCCUACAACGACUAUGGGGAUGGCAAGGACAUCUAGCACCAUAAUGCUGCAGAAUUGCUGCCAAGAUGAAGCAAGAGAGAGGAAGGGGACAUCUGGGUUGGUCUGUGAAUUUGGAUUUUUAGUAUUUUUUUAAUGGAACAUUGAAACCUCCUCAGUGACACCUAAGCCAGGAAGAAAGUGAUCCUUGCUGCCUGUAGAACUUCUUCCAUAUGGUGAUCCCCACUUGUGUGAUCAGUAGACCUGUCAGCCAGUAGCCAUUUUCCCUUAGAGGGUUGCAUUAAGUGAUGUUUUGCUGUUAAUUUGUUUCUUCCCUUUUUUCCCCCCUAAGAGUUCAUCAUGCUCUGAGCUCUGUCCUGCUUCCCAUGAAAGUCUAUCAGGUUGAGGCACCCCUGCUCCCUGAGCUCCCAAGUCCAUGGCCAAUGGGGGCAGAGGUGAGAUCAGAUGGCUGUCAGACCUGCCUCCAGCCCCAUCCUCAGGUGUUCAUUGGCAGCAUCUCACUCUGGGAUCCUCAGCCCUGCCCACAGAGAAAGGCAAUGAGGACACUGGGAAGGUGGUCCCUUUUGUGCCCUAUGGUUUUUCUCCCAGACCUUCUCCUGGGCUAUUUCCACACCCCAAAGGCAAACCCAGCUUCCUUUACAGGCUGCAGUGAGCCUCCUGGGUCUUUGGGUCCACCCCUAUUUUAAGCCAGGACUGGAAUUAAAUCUUCCUCUGACAGAUCCCUGCUUUGCCUGAACAACGUGGCCUUUGAGAGGUGACAAAAUGCCACCUUUCAAAGCAUCUUCAGAGAUUUCUAUGUAGGAGGCUAGAUAGGCCUAUAUAGUCUAGGAAAAAAGUGGAGUCUAUUGUUAGAACACACCUAUGCUUCUUAGAUGAACUUCUCUUGACUGCCAGUGGAUCCACAUGCCUGGAUCCUCUUUAGCCUCUGCCUCUCACCCUGGACAGAUAAGACCAGAUGUCUGAUCUGGUUCAGAAGGGGUCAGUACAUAUGUCAGUGUUUCAGUGAACUGAAGCUAUUAUUGAUCACAAAACACUUGUAUCCGUUCCCCUCGGCUAAAUGUGCAUGUUAUUGUCGUUCACUUCUGGGAUGACCCUGAGCAACAUGGCUCUACCAUGGUCACUGCCUACCUACCUUCUGGAAGCAGCCAAGAGUCUGUGUAGGCAAAUGCACUGACCACAGUGAAGGGCUGGGCAUUGUUUCACCCUGAAAAGUGUUGGCCUGGGCACAAGUGAUGGUCUAGCCAACAAAGGCCUCCUGUCAGAAAGAACCUGGCAGGGCCACAUGGACAAUGAUGGCCUUAGCUGCCCACACACUGAAGAACCCUGAAUACGUAUUGUCAGAUGCCCUGCCUUUAACCAUGACCCCCUAUUUGGAAAUAAACAAGGCCGAAAAGGAAGUACAGAUCCUAUAAGGCCAGUUGUUGAGCUAUAAUUCUAAUGAGUAAAACACUGACAAAUAACAUUUACCAAGCACCUGCUGUAUGCCAGGCACUGCUCUCAGCAUUUAGCAUGUCACUGAAUUCUCACAAGCACCUCCGAGGUAAGUGCAGUUCUUGUUUCCAUUUAUGUGGAAACCCAGG